CACUUUUAAAGCUGAACAUUCAUAAAUACUCGUCCAACAAAAAGCUCUCCUCUCCACAGUCUCAGAGCUAACUCCGAUUCUCUGAAAAUUCCUUGGAAUGGAGAUUGCUACUACAAGGUGUUGCCCUGACAAGCAAGUGUCAUGGUUUCCAUUAAACCUCAGAGUAUUAGACUGGGAAAAUACCCACAGAUUUCCAUGUAAUUUGAGUGUCCGGAAACUAGUGAUGAGUAAUCAAAGGUUGGCUUAUUUGAGUAUAGAUUCUAGUAGAAAGCAACAUAGGAGCCCUAUUGUCUGUAAGACAUUUGCCAUCCAUGCUGGUUUGGAGGAAUCCUCAUCUCUACAGUCAGAAGAUUCUUUUACUGAAGAUGAGCGUACUUCCGAAGAUUCACCAGAGCAGCUUCUUGCUAAACCACUAAGCAGUGAAGAGCUGAAAUCCCUACUGGCUGACUCUGAGAGGGCAAAGCUCACCAAAAAACUAAGUGAAGCUAACCAGCAAAACCGCUUCCUAAAACGACAGUUAUAUAUGAAAGAGGAGGCACUAGUCAACUUCAAAAGUGAACUUGCUGUCAUGGAACUAGAAAUUCAGGCAUUAGUCUUGCUAGCAGAAGAAAUAUCUAAAGCUGGCAUUCCACAAGGUUCUAGAAAAAUCAAUGGGAGAUACAUUCAGUCUCAUCUUCAUACCCGCUUAGAAGCUGUACUUGAGAAACUGAAGGAACAGCUAAAGGAUGUGGAUGCCGUCCAAUCCAAGGAAAUACCCUUAUUCUGGUGUGGCAUGGCCGAGAGCGUACAAGUUAUGGGGUCAUUCGACGGAUGGAGUCAAGGGGAACACUUAUCACCAGAGUUCACCGGUUCAUUCACCACGUUCUCCACCACAUUAUUUCUUAGACCCGGCAGGUAUGAAAUCAAGUUCUUGGUGGAUGGAGAGUGGCAUCUAUCACCAGAAUACCCUACCAUUGGUGAGGGAUUAAUGCAAAAUAACUUGCUCAUUGUAGAGUAGAGUCGAGUAUUGGAUACAGGUUUAUGUUGGACAGAUAUGCGUAAUUUUUUUUUGUAGUCACAGUCAAAUAUGUGUUGAAUACAAGUAUACAUAUUAUUAGGGAAAAUGAAAAGAUUUUAGCCUACUUUGAUGCAA